AUGGCGGUUGCUCCUGUGGUCCAUAAUAAUGGAAAUAAUCAUAGUUACCCCAUUCAACCUUCACAAUCAAGUAUACAAAGAGUAGGUUCACCAACGACUUCUGAUGUACAAGUGCGAUACCAACACCGUGUGCGAAGAAAGAAACAACCUACGUUUGGUCCUUACUAUCUAGGUUCUACUAUUGGUGAAGGGGAAUUUGGGAAAGUUAAAUCAGGAUGGUCAAGGAAACCUCAAAAUGAUAAUGGCCUUACUAUUGGAAAGCAAGUUGCAAUUAAACUGAUUAGGAGAGAUACUUUAGCAGAGAAAAAAGAUCAGGAAUUGAAAGUUUAUAGGGAAAUCAAUGCUUUAAAAUUAUUGUCACAUCCAAAUAUUGUAAAAUUAGAAGAUGUAUUACAAAACUCGAAAUAUAUUGGUAUUGUAUUAGAAUAUGCCUCUGGAGGUGAAUUCUAUAAGUAUUUACAAAGAAAAAAAAGAUUGAAAGAACCGCUUGCAUGUUCAACUUUUGCCCAAUUAAUUAGUGGUGUUGCAUAUAUUCAUUCGAAGGGCUUGGUCCACAGAGAUCUAAAAUUGGAAAAUUUGUUAUUAGAUAAGCAUUCAAACCUUGUCAUAACUGAUUUUGGAUUUGUUAACGAAAUCUCUACAAACAACAAGCUGAUGAAAACACCUUGUGGUUCACCUUGCUAUGCGGCACCUGAAUUAGUUCUAUCUACUAAACCUUAUGAUGCCAGAAAGGCAGAUAUCUGGUCAGCUGGUGUUAUAUUAUAUGCUAUGUUAGCAGGAUAUUUGCCAUGGGAUGAUGAUCCAGAAAAUCCAGAUGGGAGUAAUAUUAUGAGACUUUACGAGUAUAUUACAAAAAAUAAUUUGAAAUUUCCCGAUUACAUUGAACCAUUAGCCAGAGAUUUAAUAAGAAAGAUUUUAGUCAUACAACCCAAAAGUAGAUUAAAUAUUGUUCAGGUUCAGCAACAUGAAUGGUUAAAGCCACAUAGUCAAUUUUUAUCUAUUACUACUAAUGAAUGGGACAAGACUAUGCUGAAUCAAGAGGUGUUUAGACCUCCAAGAGCAGGUUCGAGUCAAAGACCAAGAUCUACUUGCUCUACAAUCUCAACUUCCGAUAAGAGAGACUCAUUGAUUCUUGACUCAUCGUUGAUCCAAUUACCUGCGCCACCUAAGGAGUCACAGAUGAACGUAAUUGCUACCCGUUCCACAUCUUCCAUCACACAAGAAUUAAGUCCUAUUUCUGUGGAUAGCACAGGAAUUUAUCGACAUGCACGUAGUAAUUCUGCGGCAUCGGUUGCACUUCAAGCCCUGGUUGAAGUGAAGAAUAAUCAAAGCAAUAAUAAUUUCAAUCUAAACAAUAUGGAAGGAACAAUUACAGAAGGUGAAGUUUCAGUACGUAGAACUCGUUUACAUAGUAAACCUAGACCGACUUCUUAUCACCCUGGCAUGAGCAAUACUCUAUUGACGAAUUUUGGAAGUACACCAUCUAGUUUUGACAUAUAUCGUGAGGAUAAUAAUAGAAAGUUAAGUGAUGGAGAAAUGACGAUUCCAAAUGAUUCUAUGAAUUGUUUAUUACUUGAUUGUAAGCAUACAAUAUCAUGUGUUUCAUCUACCAGUACAGUACUGCCAGUUCGCAAUAGUAGUAAUGUCAAUUCCUCAAUUGAACUUAAAAUUUCAAGGGAAUCUAUAGAUGAGAGAAGAAACCGUAGAACUAGUGUACGUCACAGUGGCAUUAACUUUGAUCAAAUUUUCAGUGCGGUUACUGAAGAAGAAGAACAUGUUGAUACCACACCAGUAACAGACAAAUUAACUGUGCCAGUUACCAAGGCUGAAAAAUCAAGAAGUAAGAGACUUUUAGACUUCAUAAAACGUAGGAGCAUCAGAAUUUAA